AUGCACGACAAAGCGUUCAUCAACAUCGAGGAGGAGGAGCUGGAGCUCGAUCAGCGCCAGUUGGACCUGGACCGGAAGCGACUCCAGCUCCGGCUGCAGCGCGCGAUGCUGAACAAACUAGUUGAAGCCGCUCCAGAACACGAUCAGGCUCAGCUGAAAGAAGAGUCGGUUCAGGACAUCACAGAAAUCGAGCCGGUGAAGGCAUGCAACAAGCAACUUUCAAGCCCAGGACGAGAUGAGGCGGGAGGACCCUCGACCACCGACGACCAUGGUGUCACGCAAGAAGUCUCCCUUCCGCAGUAUCUGAUCCUUGAGGCUGCCAGUCGCUCGUCAAGAGAGCACCACGGCGGAGGAACGGCCAGUCAUGAUCGUGUAACCACAUCAGGCUCCCCACCAGACAUGACGCAUCCAAGUGCCCUGUUGACAAAGGCCAGUCGUUUGCUGAUAUAUUCACCGGGCUCUCAAACUACCUCGUCCAAACCACCUCUUAAUGACUGGCGACAAGAUGAUGGUCUCGGCCACCUUCCCACAAGCUCUCCUCAUAAGAGAGCACGCAGUCCUGGAAGUGAGUCUGUGCUGGAAAAGACUUCGACUCCGGGAGUUAAGCGCGUGGAGAAAUCGACAAGCAACAAGGAGGUUCAGAGCCAGAGGAACACAAAAUCAUCCAAAGUCCAGGGCCUACCUGCGCGUCACAUCUCGGCCAUCCUCCGCAAAUACGGGGAGCGGCUGGUCCAACGCCACAUGCUAUCCUUCCGCAAGCACGAGCGGCGGGAGGCAGACCAGGUGAUCAAUGCCGGUUCAAUGAUCAUCGACGGACUCCUUGAGAAGAAGUUCAACAGCCUCGACGAACUGCACGACGAAUAUGAUCGCCAAAUCCGGCUAUGCUGCACAAGGCGCUUGCAGGAAUCCCUCACGAAUGAGCUGGAAAAGUUCCGCCGCGCAGGCCCAGUUUGGUGGAGACAGUGCAUGAACACGCGGACGCAGCAAAAGAGACUCGCGGAUCUUGCGACGGUAUUUAAACAUGUCGUCGAGGGCAUUUUCGACUAG